AUGCAAACUUACUAUUAUUCCCGUCCUACUCCUCAAGAUGUGUUAAUAGAGGAACGCGAUUGGAAUCAAACUAAUACGUCUUACAGUGGUUCCGAAAUUUAUGAAUGGAAUCUUGAUGGCUUAACUAAUAGACAGUUAACUAUUCUUGUACAUAGAAUGCUUAUGUAUUCAACUAUCUGUAAAAGUGUUAAGAACACAGAUAGAACUAUUUACAAAAUGAUUAUUGCAGGCUUUACUGGCCAGCUUCGUGGCUGGUGGGAUAACUAUCUAUCUGUUGAAGAAAAAGCAACGGUUAUUAAUGCGACCGCUGUUGACGAAGGGGUUGAUAAUAUAGGCAUGGCUCUAGUUAAAGGUAGAGAAGAUGCUGUUUAUACCCUUAUCCUUACAAUUCUAGAAUAUUUUAACGGUAGAUUUACCAAUCAGCAUGAGACCGUCCGUACUUUACUAAAUGAGCUUAGAUGUAGGACCCUUAGUGAAUUUAGAUGGUACAAAGAUACUUUUAUGAGUAUGGUUAUGGAGCUACCCGAAAACAAGUAUGAACAUUGGAAAGCUAAGUUUAUAGACGGCCUUCCCUCCUUAUUCGCUGAAAGAUUCGGUUUACCCGGAACCUCUACUCAAAGUAAGAAGAAGAAGAAAAACAGAUAUCAUAGGUAUCCUAACCCUGAUAGCCCGUAUAAGAAAAAGAGGUCUAGAUAUAGAUCUAAGGAAGAGCGUGAUACUAGAAAAGCGCAUCGGAAAUCUACUCGAUUUACGAAGAAUAGAUCAAAGAGAGAUCUCGCUGAUAUUAAGUGUUAUAAGUGUGGAAAAUUUGGGCAUAUCGCUCCAAAUUGCAAGCUUCAAAAGCUAAAGGCCUUAGAACUAGACGAUGGGUUACGUGACAAAGUUUAUAACUUGUUAUACACUUCCGGAUCAGAUUCUGAUUAUACUUAUUCUGAGACUGAGUCUGAAGCUGAGAUUGAUCUGAUAGAUUUAUCUGAAAGUAGUAAAGAUUUGGAUAAUACUUGCGCCGCUUGUAAAGGAAUGAUGCAGGUUGUUACGGCUCAUAAGUGGUACAUUAAAUGUACUAUCUUGAUUGAUAAUACUUUCUCUCUAACUGAUGUAGCAAUGAUUGAUAGUGGAGCAGAUAUGGCUGUUGAUGUUUGCGCUGAUCACCCUAGUGCCUUUUGGAACCGAAAAAAGCAUAUUGUAACUCUUCCUUACGAAGAAAACUUCUCCGAGGAUGAUAUCCCCACUAAAUCUCGACCUUGCCAGAUGAAUGCUGAAUUGGUCGAAUUCUGCAAAAAUGAAAUUGAUAAUUUGUUAGAAAAGGAUUUGAUAAAACCCUCAAAAUCUCCUUGGUCAUGUUCUGCCUUUUAUAUUAAUAAUGCUGCGGAAAAGGAACGUG